UUGAACACCGCAAAUCCCUGUGAAAAUGUGAGUUUUUCAGUGAAAAUUUGAAAUUUUAGUGAAAUUUCUGGGUUUUCAGGUGGAAAUUCGAUUGAUUGGUGGAUUUGGAAUUCGGAAUGGGAUUUUGGAGGCGAUUUCGAAGAAUUUGGUGAGUUUUUCGAGUGGGUUUUUGGAAAAAUAUGAAAAUUUUUGAAUUUCGAGGAUUCCUUUCGAAUUUUCGUACUAAAUCUGGUUAUCCAGGCCAAAAAUGAUGAAUUUUGGAUUUCUAGGCCAUCCGAAUUUGAAUUUCUAGGCCAUUUAACUCUUUUUUCCACUGAAAAUCCCCAAGCUAGCAGACUUGUAAGUUCUUUACUUACUAGACUAGACAAGACUAUAUUCUAUCGAUACAUUGAUACUCGAAACAGCGUGUUCCGAAAACUCAAAAGCAGCUGCAAAUGCGUUCCUUUAUACUUUUCAUUCAUACAUUCCCUAUUAGUCCACAUGAAUCUCGAAAAUAUAAGUUUCAAAAACCCAUUUUGGGUUCUUAUCUCAUAUCACAUUAUUUCAAGCAUCUCAUUAAUUAUCAAUAGUUUCGGACUCUAUUUGAUAAUAUUCAAAAGUUCAAAAAUUGGAAGCUACAAGUAUUAUCUACUAUUUUUCCAAGUCUUCUCAAUCAUGUUCGAUAUUUUAUUCACUCUUUGUUGUCAAAUUGUAUUUACAUUUCCAAUUUGGGCAUUUACAACAGAUGAGGGUUAUUUUUGGAGAUUUUUUGGGAUUGAAGCAUAUCAAUCAGGGGUUUGUGAUUAUUUUAAUGAGGGGAUUCAUUAAAAAACGGGUUUUUUACGUUUUUAACCAGAAAAAUUGAUUCAUGAACGGUAUUCUUAUUCAUUUUUUUAACAAACCUUGUUGCGAACCUCAACUGAAUAAGUUGAAAUCAUCUUAAUGUUCAGAAAUGUCAUCCCAAGCCCUUUCAAUUAAGGUAAGGUAAGAGCAGUCUUAGGUAACCCGGAUAACGAUGCCGCAAAUUUAGCUUACCUUAAUUCAAUUACUCAAUUAAGGUAAGCUAAAUUUGCGGCAUCGUUAUCCGCGUGUUAAAUUAUUUAAGACUGCACUUACCUUACCUAAAGGGGCUUGGGAUGUCAUUUCUGAACACUAAGAUGCUUUCAACUUAUUCAGUUGGGGUUCGCUACGAUGUUUGUUAAAAAAAUAAUGUUAAAUGCAGUUCGUAAAUCAAUUUUUCUGGGUUUUAACGUUAAAAAUCAGAAAAAUUGAUUCACGAACGGUAUUUUUAUUCAUUUUCUUAACAAACAUCGUAGCGAACCUCAACUGAAUAUGUUAAAAGCAUCUUAGUGUUCAUUAAUGUCAUCCCAAGCCCUUUCAAUUAAGGUAAGGUAAGUUAAGUUACCUUACCUUAAUUGAAAGGGCUUGGGAUGACAUUUCUGAACACUAAGAUGCUUUCAACUUAUUCAAUUGGGGUUCGCUACGAUGUUUGUUAAGAAAGUGAUUUUAAAUGCAGUUCGUAAAUCAAGUUUUUGGUUUUGUACCGCGGGUGAGACAGCUCAGUGGUUCUGGCGAUCUCAGGGUAACGGCUGCGAUCCCCGGUGCCCGCUCCUCCUCGAUGCACCCAGUCGUAAGUGGGUAAUAGUUCGCUACGCAAGGUAAAUCGGUCCCCUGCGGCACAGGGAUACUUAAAUUCUCAAUGGCUAGUUGUCGUACACCACCCGUACUCAGUGUCCUAACCUCCUAGGCGCUUGAAUAACGGGUAUACGUUUACGGUUUUAAAAAACGUUUUAAUGGUUUUUAUUAUUGUUUACAUUCUUUUUAAUUCCGUGCAUACCACGCCUAGCUUCGUGCAAAUUAACUUUAAAAAUUGGCGAUGUGGGUUUUGAAAUUUUUUGGCGAACAACCUUUCCGACUGAAAAAUACGACUUUUUUACGGAAAAACAAGCAAAAAUUUGCUGUUUUUCAAGAAAAUCUCAAAUUGGCGAGGUGAAUUUCCGAAGCUCACCCUGGGCGUGGUAUGAUUCCGUGAACUUACCAAAAUUUUUGCAGCGAAUCCUCGGUUUCUCUCUUCUCUGUCUAGCAUUUGUUCUAGGCUUGCAAUUCAUUGAAAAACAUCAAAUUUUCAUGAACCUCGCCAAUGACGAAAUAUAUAUCCUGAACCCAACAGCCAGACAUUUCUCAUAUUUUGCUAUACUCCUAGUUUUCUCAAUCGAUUUCCUUUUUGUUCUACCUAUCAAAUAUUCCCCGGCAAACAUGCCUGCAACUUAUCCAACUAAAAUUUCCGAGUGUUUAUGAGCAAUUCGAAAAUCUGGAAACUUUUGGAUGUUUUCACGGCAGUCCAUUCAUCUCACUUUUUCUGGUUUUCACAGUUUUAUGUGUUUUUACCGCGGGUUUUGUUGCGUUAACUCUUAGUUAUCAUAUGUUCACAACGUUUAAAGAAAUUAUGGGGAAUUUAUCGAUUUCUAAACGAAAAUUUCAUCAAAAUUCAAUGUAUAGUUUGUUUGCACAGGUUGUUUCCACUAUUUUUCUUUUUUUUUUCUUAAAAAACAUAUGUUUUGUUAAGGCUUUAGUAUGUUCUGUUCUCUUCAUUCCAAUUUUUACAUUCCUUAUUCAUACAUAUUUGGAAUUUGCGAAUCCAAAUUUUUUAAUGAUUCAUCAAUUAUUAAUAAGCUGUCAUUCAAGUAUUAAUUGCAUUGUUAUGAUUAUAACUGUUAAAGAUUAUCGAUUUUUUGCAAGAAGCUUGAUUUUUUCAAGUGUUGGUAGUACAAAAGUUCAGAUCACAACGUUUCAUAUCUGAUUUAUGAUUCAAUGAAUUUUUUGAAAAUCACUUUUCGAGAAAAAUUUGAAAAAAAAUAUUUUUCUAAUGCGCUAAACAACAGGCAAGCGGAGUGUCGUUGAAAUUUUCGGACUUACCUUGAAAAUUGUGAGAAAUGACACAUUUUGAAACGUUUCGUGAAUUUAAAACAGGUCACGUUUUUUUUUAUUUUUUUUUGUUUUUUUUUUGAUUGAUAACAAGCUUUUUUGUAAAUUUCUACAUUUCAAAUCCAAAAUUUCCCAAAAAUUCUGAAAAUUUCAGAAUCACCAUCUUCUGGGAAAAAUUUUGAUCUACAUUUCAUAACCCACUUCAAAUUUUCAUCGCUAAUUACAAAAUCUUAAAUUAGUCGAGUUAAGACAAUGGCAGGCACAUCAAGUUUCUCUAGCUGUCUGCACUCUCUCCUAUUUCCAUACUCUCUCUUUCUUCUCUUUCGAGGCUAUCUAACUGACCACCCAGUUUUUCCUCGUUGUCUGGCGUCUCUUGAAAAUGCAUGCACUCUUGCUCCGUCUUUGCUCUCAUUUCAUUUCUGAAGAUUUUUCAACAUUUCAAAAUCAAAAUUUAAAAAUGAAAUUGCGAUUUUUGAAAUCCCCAAGCCACGGGAAAAAUUCUGAGUCAAAAAUUGAUAAAAUUUUCGGAUUUUCUAGAAUUUUUGGAUUUUCUAUGGGCAGAAAAAUGACAGGGACUUGCGAAUUCUCUAGUUGUCUGUGCACUCUUCAAAAAGCACACUAUUUUUUUUGGAAAAGCGAUUCGUUGCAAGACCCAUUUUUCCUAAGAAAAUUUGAAAAAGUGGGAAUAUGAAAUUGGAUUUUAAGAAAAAAGUUUACAGUAAAUUUUGCCACGAAUUCUAAAAUUAGAAAAAAGCAAUUAAAAAUGAAAUCUCUAAUGAUUUCUUUUUUUUUUUCAUCAAAAAGUACAUUUUUCCCUCAAAAUAACACUCAAAACCCAAUGAUUUUCAUAAGUUUGGCCCAUGUCUACAUUCCAAAAAUCCUCUGUAUUUUCUCGAUUCUAAUCAAUAUUCUCUUCACAUUUCUAGUCGUCUCAAAAUCCUCGCCAACCAUCGGAAAAUACAAAUAUCUUCUCGUCACUUUUUCGAGUUUCAAUAUAUUUGCCACGUGUCUUGAAGUGAUUACACCAGUUUCCACAGAGAGUUUCGAAUUCAGUUUUAUUGUUUUUGUUGGCGAAAGUUUGAUCUACAGAUUUAGGGAUUUGGCACAGUUUUUGGUUUCGCUGAGAUGCUCAAUCAUAGGUAUUAAUUAACAUGAGCAAUUGCUCAUGUUAAACAGACAAUUCGAUUGCUCAUGUUAAUCAGACAUUUCCAGCCUACACCUUCGGUCUCAUCUCAAUUCAUUUUCUCUAUCGAUAUUUCGCAAUCUGCAAAAUCCACCUAACAAACUCAUUUUUCAAACCAAAAUUCAUUUUUCUCACAAUUUUUCUGGUUUUUGCCUACGGUUCCACGUGGCUGUUGAUAAUUGCAAAAUGGAUGUGGCCGGAUAUUUCCAUCAGAAAAAAAUUGGAUCAGGAUUUUUUGGACAAAUACAAUGAGAGUACUGUGGAUUUGCCGUUUAUCGUUGCGGAUUAUGGGGUGGGUUUUGUUUGCCACGUGGAUUUUUUGGUGAUAGAAAUUUGUGAUUUUUUGAAACCCAAUAUGAUUUGGGUUACUGUGGCUUUUACAAAUUUGAUCUACAAGAAGGUUUUGGCACAAUUUUCUCUCAGGGUUACUGUAGAUUUUAACAUAACACAUUUGGAGCUACAGUAAUCCUAGGUCGAAAUUUUGAUCUACCAGUAGUUUUCGGAACUCUCUGCCACGUGGAUUUAUUUGCAGGGCAACUGUAGAUUUUUACAUAAAAAAGAGGAGCUACAGUAAUCCUAAGGCUUUUGAGGUCGAAAUUUUGAUCUACAGUUACUCUGUUUCUUCAAUCACAGAAAUUUGAUCUACCAUCAAUUUCUAACACAGUUUUCUCAUCGGAUUACUGUAGAACAUCAGCUACAGUAACCCCAAAUUCACAGCAAUCAAAUCUUGAUCUACCAGAGUUUUCGGAACUUUUAGGCACAAUUCUCUCUUAGGAUUACUGUAGAACAUCAGCUACAGUAACCCCAAAUUCACAGAAAUCAAAUCUUGAUCUACCAGAAUUUUCGGAAUUUUUAGGCACAAUUUUCUCUUAGGAUUACUGUAGUUUUUGUUCCACAAUCAUAUUUGGUCUCAAAAAAUCGCAAAUUCCUGGGUCCUGCCGUCCGUGGCAACAAAAUUCCAGAUGUUUCCAGAACCCAGAAUUCUCCAAAAACGGUCUAAUCGGAAUCGCCUUAGCCACAAUCGUCUCCAUAGCUUCUUUAUCCCUCGACACAUUUCUCGCCAUCAAAAUCUACCUCGCUCUAAAAAUCCUAAACCUCAGUGAAAAUGUCAAAAAGGUCCAUCGAAUUUUGUUAAUCACCCUAAUUGCUCAAACAGCAAUUCCAUCAAUUUUCACGUUUGGACCUUGUUUGAUCGUUUGGCUGGCGCCAUUUUUUGAAUCUGCGAAUUCAAAUUCAAGUUCGAAUUCAAAUUAUUAUAUCAAUUCAAUAAUUGUGCCAAUCAUCAAUAUUUAUCCAAUUUUUGAUCCAAUUAUCAUUAUUUUUGCUUUGGUUGAUUAUCGAGAAGCGAUUUUGAAGAUUUUCGGAUGGAAAAAUAAUAACGCAAUCUGUUAUAAUGUUAGGUCAACGUUUAUUGAAACCACAUGUGUUUAG